AUGAGUGGUGGACGAGUGUCAGAGGGAGCCGGCUGCAUUACCUGGUGGGGUUUCAGUCCUGCCCUCGACUUGCUGAGCACAGGCCCUGUGAGACAAGAAGGGGAGGUCAAUGUUCUGUUGGUAGGCAGUGGAGACCCGCGGCAUAUUUUGAAGACCAUUGCUGGUUUUCAGAAAGAAAAAUGUCUUCAUGUCUGGGUGAUAGAAAACAGCAUGGACGUGGUGGCUAGACAGCUGCUGCUCCUCUACCUGGCACUGAUGCCCCAAGAAAGGAUAGGACUUCAUGAGAAGACUGAAGUUUACCUCGAAGUGUUUGGUAACGGUGAGAUCCGUUGUCAGACAGAGGAGAUACUGAGGCAUGCAGCCUCCCAGCUUUCUCUUUGUGUUACUGAAACAAUGGAGACAGCCUCACACCCCUGUCUGAACACCACUCUACUCAAGUUUAAGGAGCGAGAUCAGCUGGCCAAUAUAUUCAAGACAUGGAUGCAGCCUCAGUCUUCAACGUCUUCAUCUAAGGGUUCCACCCCUGUCCUUAUGUCCAAAGCCUGGGACGAUCGGGUCAGGCAGCACCUUGGAACGCGCUACGACGCCAAGAAAGGCUGCUUCGACUGGGACCUUACAAUGAAACUGCACCAGAAAGGGUGUGAUGUCAUCAACAAACAACAGUAUGUGCGAUGGAGGGAACGUGGAUUGGCAUUUGAAAUGAGGGAUGGUGUUUACCAAGUAACCAAUCCCAGUUUGCUCUCCUUCAGAGUCUUCAGUCAGAGGGGCAACAAAGUGGCUGUGAGAGGUUACUGGGGAGACAUAGUUGCCAGUCCUUAUCUUUCGUUUGGCAUUGAAACUGAUGACAAGAGCCAACAGAAGACACAAAAUGGGCACCAUACCAAGUCAGCCCAGGAUAUCUCCUUUGCAAAUGUGCAACUGUUGUUCCAGUCACUGUCUGGUAGACAGGGCAGCCCCUCCACUUCUCUGUCAGACACAGAGCAUCAGGAGCCAUCCACACUGACUGACCAAAGAGCUGUCACUUUGAAUGACUUGAUGCAUGUCAGUGGAAUCUCUGUCACCUUCCUGCCUGUUGACUCACUUUGCAAACUGGCAGAAAAACAGAAAUACUCCCACUUUUUCAACACCAUUUAUCUCUCUGUGAGCUGUGUGCACCAGUUGGGCCCGGCCAUUAAACAGAUUGCAGCACCCAAUGCUGUGGUUGUUAUGGAGCUGGCCAAGUACAUUUUGGAUCUGAACAAAGAGCAAGAAGCAGGCUUUGCUGAGAAAGUGGUGAACAUUGCUCUUGAAGCUGGAUUUGAACCGUGGCAAGAGGGGAAGACCAAUGAUGUCCAUGCUUUUUUCAUACCACAGAAGAGGACAUGAUGUUUUACUCCAUUUCAGCAUAACAUGAACAGAACAAAAAAUGAACUGUAAAUUUUGUAAGCCAUGAUAAUGAUAAUAUUGUAAAGGAGGUCUUAAAUAUGAUCCUCAAAGCUAUAUGAAAUACACUGUGCUAAAAAUUACAUGAUCCAAGGAAAAGUCAUUGUUGGUGAAUAAUCCAAAAUUUCCUGUGUCACAAUAUAGAAAGUAACUCCAACUCACAGAUUCUCCAAAAACAAUAUUAAGUGCAUGUGUAAGCCACGUUAAAAUGUAGGGUGGAUUAACAAUCAACCAAUCAAAAACACUUAAUUUAAAUAGAAAACAGUUAAUUAGACAAUAACUCAUUAAAAUGUAAGCAAAAGCUAAUAUAAACUGAUAAAAAUAAUAUAACAAUUUCAUCAAAUAAGAAUUAGUUAAAAAAUAAUUGUUCCGUGUAUUAUUCUUGUUUACCUCCAUUGUCAUUGCCAUCAUUCUCCUUUUGUAUUUGGAGAUUGUUUGGUUUAUUUGCCUCAGUCACUCUGGCUUCGUCCAUUCUGUCCAUGAUUCAUGUGAUUGUAUUUGAUUCAGUCAUGUAUACUUGUUAGAAUAAAGUUUUGUUUUAAAGACGUUC